AUGAAAAAACAAUCACUGACUCACUCUUUUCUGCUGUCAUAUUCCUCACCAACAAAUUUGUUGGGAAGAGACUUGCUAGUGAAACUUGGAGCUGAAAUCCUAUGCAGCCCGGAGGGGAUUAUAGUAACUAUGAAAAAUGGUAUCACCAUGAACUGUUCCAUCACGACCACAAUGAGAACGCAUGGACAAUGGUUACUUUCUGCAAACACCUCUCCACAGGGAGCUGACAUUUACUGGGGGAGGGUGCUUCUGGGGGACACAAGGGACACCCUGAAUGAUCUGUACUGUCAAUGGGAACCUUGGAUAUUAUCAUUAGCACCAUACACUCAGCUAAUAGAUCCAUUGCAUGUCACUUUGUUUUAUGAUAGAACACAAGAGUACUGGUACCAAGAACAAUUUGAUAACAUCGCAGGAGAACAAUGGGAAAUUUGUGGGGCAGGAAUAAUGAUAGGCAAAGAGGGAGUGGCAGCUAUAGUAGAACUUACCCCCGAACAGGAACAAUGGUAUAGAAUGAGGGAAGAGGCAUCACCCCAUAUAUCAUUAUUAGUACAUCCCCAACACCAAGCUAAAGAUCUAGGACCAAUGGUAAAGAAGGGAAUAAAUUUAACAGAUUGGAGGGAAACCCAACUUCCUGGUGUAAAAUAUUCACCUAGCUCAGGGUAUUAUUUGAUCACACAAGAAACAAAAGACACCGUAGUGUUGGAACACGAAUGGCUCACAAGAUGGCAUGGUAGGGAGAAAAGUGAUCAUGAAGAUGCUGAAACAAUGUUGAAAAGUUUGCCCGAUCAAUUAUGGACACAGAGUCCCACAGAUGUAGGGUUUUGUAAAAAUUACCCAGAAAUUUCGUUCGAGCUGACAUGUGAUGAUCCAAUUUGGAGGCCUCAAUACAAGCACAAACCAAAGGCAGAGGAAGGGAUCAGAGAUACCAUUGAAGGUUUGUUAACCGCAGGGGUUUUAGAGUAUGCUGAUUCCAAUUGGAACACACCCAUUCUGCCUGUGGAAAAACAAAACACAGGAAAAUUCAGAAUGGCACAUGAUUUGAGAACAAUCAAUCAAAUCAUUAAAACUCCAACUUUACCUGUUCCAAAUCCAUACACUUCUCUGAAUGAAAUCACUCAAAAUCAAUCAUGGUAUACUUGCAUCGAUCUCGCUAAUGCUUUCUUCUGUUUACCUCUUGCAGAGCACUUAAGAGAUAUUUUCUCCUUCACCUACAGGGGGCGACAAAUAAGAUAUUCCCGCAUUCCCCAGGGAUUCAUUUUAUCCCCUGGGAUAUUUAACCAGGCACUGAAAGAUAUGUUACAGGGAGUGAAUUUGCCGGAGGGCACGACUCUCAUUCAGUAUGUAGAUGAUUUGUUACUGGCCGCAGAAACAGCAGAGCAAUGUAUCCAGGCCACACAUGAAGUGCUCAAAAGACUGUAUGAACAAGGCUUCAAAGUGAACAAGAGCAAAUUACAGGUAUGUAGAAGGGAAGUUACUUUUCUAGGAAGAGUAUUGUCAGCACAGGGAUCAGGAUUGUCCAGCCAACAUCGAACCUCAAUUUUGCAACAUGCCAAACCAAUUACAGUAAAAGAUAUGUUAUCAUUUCUUGGCCUGGCAGGGUUUAGCAGGAAUUAUAUUCCAGCAUAUGCAGAGCUGACACGCCCACUAAGGGAAAUGGUUAGGAAGGCAGGGCCAAGGGAACUAAAAGCAAAGUUAGCAUGGGACACAGAGACAGAAAAAGCAUUCAUAGAUGUGAAGAGCAGUUUAUCCAUGGCAGCAGAUUUGGCAAAACCAGAUUAUGACAAGCAAUUUUUCCUAGAUGUUUCACAGGGUAAGACUACAGUAAACGGAGUGUUGUUCCAGAAAGAUCAGGGUAAUCGGAUAGUUCUUAUGUACAUCAGCAUUUCACUGGAUAACAUUGAGGUAAGAGAACACCCAUGUACCAGAUAUGCAGCAGGACUGGCAAAAAUUGUGGACAAAGUUGGGCACAUAGUGCAGGGACAUUGUUUAACAGUUCUCACGGCACAUUCAGUGGUAGCUUAUGUUAAUUCAGCAUCAUUUACACUUUCCACUCUGAGACAAAGACGGUUGGAAAACUGUCUCACACAACCAAAUCUGGUUUUCACACAUGAGGGCAUAAACAUGGCCUCAUAUUGGACAGAAGGAGAACCCCAUGACUGUUGUAUGACCGUGGAAAGGGAAGAGAAAAUUAGACCAGAUUUGUUGACACACAUCAUUACGGAGGGAGUUAUGGUGUUUUCAGAUGGAUGUUUUUUCAGAGAUUCGAGUGGAACACUGAGGUCAGGAAUAGGUAUUGCAGCACUGCAAGAGGAAGAGAUUGAAAUAUUGAUAGCAGAACCUUUACAGGGACAUCAGUCAGCUCAGAGAGCAGAAAUUGUGGCAAUGACAAAGGCGCUAGAGUGGGGAGAAGGAAAAAUAAUCAACCUUUUUAGUGACUCUGCCUAUGCAGUGGGUGCAGUUGUAACAGAAUUACCUAAGUGGAAAAGAUGUGGUUUUAUGGCAGCUAACAACAAACCUAUUAAACAUCAGGAAGACAUCAUAGCAUUAGCAGCAGCUAUUUUGAAACCCAAGCAGGUGGCAAUCAUAAAAUGUAAAGGUCAUGAUAACAGUAACUCAGAUGCGGCACAGGGUAACCGGAUAGCCGACAUGGCGGCAAAGCAAGGUGCAGGGUACGUCACACAAAUGGUGUUACAAGAUGCAGAACAGGAAGGUAACAAUAACAUUUUAUCUGACCCAGACAUAGCAGUAGAGCAACAUAAAGCAUCACCUGAGGAAAAGUCUAUGUGGCUUCAAAAGGGGGCGGUACGUUUGAACAACGGCUGGGUAGGACCGGACGGUAAACCAGUUAUUCCACCUAGUAUGAUAAAACCCCUUAUCACUCAGGCACACACCCCCUCACAUGUUGGAAUCAAACAAACCAUUUCCAAUCUUAACCAGUGGUGGCACCCAUACCUGGCUGCUACAGUUAAAGAAUUUAUCGCUAACUGCAGGGUGUGCUCCAUACACAAUGUACGUGCUGGAGUGAAAUGUGCCCCAGGUGUCUUCCCGCCACGGGGACCUGGUGAGGAAGUGGUUAUCGAUUACACAGACAUGGGGGACAGAGUGGAAGGUAAACGGUAUCUUUUGGUUUUCGUGGAUGUGUUUUCAGGUUGGCCAGAGGCGUGGCCCACGGGGAAGGAAGAUUCGAUUUCGGUGAUUAAGUGUUUGAUUAACCAAUAUAUUCCGCGUCACGGUUUUCCACGAAUUAUUCGCUCAGACAACGGUACACAUUUUAAGAAUACAGAUUUGCAAAAGGUUGAGAGUGCACUGGGAUUACGCUUCCGUUUCGGUACCGUAUACCAUCCUCAAUCACAGGGUAAGGUCGAACGCAUGAAUCUCACGCUGAAAACAAAAAUCGCCAAAAUCUGUACACAGAUGAAAGUGAACUGGGUAACGGCGUUGCCUUUGGCACUUUUGUCUGUACGAUCGUCCAUUAACCGCAUGACGUCAUUCACACCGUUCGAACUUUUGACAGGUCGCUCAUUUCCUGGUCCGUUCAACCCAGUGCACCCUGAACCGAUUAAUGAUCUUGAUCACAGAACGUACUUUACCAAGCUGAAUGUUCUUGUCUCAAGCUUUUCCAAACAGAAAACCAUCUCCCCGGCCCAUCCAGACGCAGAAAUCACUCCAUCGGCAGAGUGGGUGCUUCUCAGGGUGUUUAAGCGGAAGUGGAACGAACCUCGUUGGACUGGGCCAUACAGAGUGACUGAGCGCACAACACAUAGUGUCAGAGUAGCUGGUAAAGGUGACACUUGGUUCCAUUGGUCUUGUUGUUCCCCUAUUAACCAACCAGAAAGAUCGUUGGAUACGGUAAGAUUGGACCUGCAGGAACUGCAGGACCAAAAGGGGGAAUCCAACACAGGGGAACAACAACAGGUUGACAUUUCACAACAGCAGGUUGACAUUUCCCAAAAGAACACAAAACUAACACUCAAAGAACUAAAGGGGGACUUAUUCAACAGUCCAGAACAUGAAGCAUUAGCUCACUGCAUUAGCAAAGAUUGUGCAUUUGGGAAAGGAAUAGCAUUGGAAUUCAGAAAAAGAUAUGGAGUAGACAAAGUAGUUAGACAACAGAAAGUGGUGGGACAGUGUGCGGUAACACAGGAAGGGCAAAGAACAAUCUUUCACCUGAUAACAAAAGAGAAAGCCAAAGAUUUGCCAACAUACGACACAUUGAGACAGGCAAUAAAGGAACUCAAAAAACACUGUGAAGAACAAAGAGUAAAAAAGUUGGCUAUACCCAGGAUUGGGUGUGGUUUGGACAGACUAGAGUGGGAAAAAGUAAGGGAUGUAAUCAAAGAAGAGUUCCAAAACACAGACAUAAUCAUUACUGUGUAUGUAAGGGAAUAAUAAGUGGAAAAAGAGGAGAUUGUGAUUUUCAAACAUUUUACAUUUUGACAUUUUGAAAGUUUUAAAUAUUUUACAUUUUAGCAUUUUAUGAUUUUCAUUUCACCAGUUUAUGUUUUUUCAAAUAUUUUACAUUUUGAUAUUUUGAUAUUUUUACAUAUUUUACAUUUUGAUAUUUUGAAAGUUUUAAAUAUUUUACAUUUUAACAUUUUAUGAUUUUCAGAUAUCGUACAUUUUAUACUUUGAGAUUUUUCACAUAUUUUACAUUUUACCAUUUUAUGAUUUUUAAAUUUUUUAAAUUUUUCUAUUUUGAGAUUUUUCAAAUAUUUUACAUUUUUCUAUUUUCAGAUUUCACAUUUAGAGUUUACUAUUUUUUAUUAUUUUAUGAUUUUUAAAAUUUUUACAUUUUUCUAUUUUGAGAUUUUUCAAAUAUUUUACAUUUUUCUAUUUUCAGAUUUUAAGAUUUCACAUUUAGAUAUUUUAGAACUUUCAAGUAUAUUAUAGUUUGCUUUUUUUUGGUGAUUUUUAAAGGUGUUACAUUUGACCAUUCUUAUGAGUUUCAAGUAUUUUACAUGUUACGAUUUUUGAGAAUUUCAAAGAUUUCAUAUUUUUUCUACAUAUUGUGAUUUUCAAGGGUUUUACAUUUUACAAUAUUUUAUGAUUUUUAAAGGACUUACAUUUAAUAUAUAUCCUUUUGUGAGCAUCGUUGAAGAUAUUUGAUAACAUUUGGCAAUUUUCAUAUAUGCCUUUAGGAGUAUUUUUGAAGACCAUUGUUUUACAUGUUAUGGAUUAUUUUACGAGGGCAUUUUGAAGAUAUCUUACAAUAAUUUUUGAGUUCUUUUGAUAUAGAGUUGUGUUUUACAGUUUAAUUUUAACGUGUGUGUUUCAAAGUUAUUUUACAUCCAGUUUAACUAUAUUUUACAGCUCUCAUACAUAUUUUAACAUCUAUUGUGUGAUUCUUUAUUGUUGUUGGAUGUUUUCACAGUUCUGUCCCAUUAGUUGACAGUUUUCAGUAGAAGGACAAUUAACCGAUUGUCGUAGAAUAUUGUGAGGCCAAAAAGGAUUACGUAAAAAUGUAUUUGCGUACUUGCGGUAGCGGCGGUUUGAUUUAAAAAAAAUAAAUAAAUAAAAAUAAUAAUAAAAAUAAAAAAAAAUAAUUAUAAAAAUAAAUAAUAAUAAAAAAUAAAAAUAAAAUAGGUAAAUAAAUAAAUAAAUAAAAACUUUGGAGAGCAAAAAUGAAGAAGAUAGGAAUAUUACUGGUAACCACCUUUAUAGGGAUAACCAGCGGAAUGUUGUCCAUAGAAAUAGAUCCGGAAACUAAACAAACAAUCUAUUUUGAUUUAUGUAAAGUAAUCGAGUGUGGAAACGAUGAGGCAGCAUGGCGAAGACAUGAUGUGUACGGUUGUCAGUGGCCCUCAAACGAAAAGUCAAGUGCGCCUUUCUGUCACUCGUGGAAAUUUGACGUACAUUGGUAUACUCAACCAGGUUGGGUGCCGCAAUCUCCGUUUUUCAGUAAAGCAACUAAAUCAAUUGAACGGUACAAAUUUAUAAGGAGCAUGACAUUUAGAAGAGGUGUAGGAGUAAACGGGGCAGGAAUAAAUCCGAUAGUAAUUGGGAUACCCCCGUCGAAAAAUGGUUACCGAUGUGGAUAACAAUAGGAGUAGACCUCACAGGGAAAGACCCAAAAGGGGUACUGGAGAUAAAAGCAAAGAAAGUAAGAGUGGGGGAGAGCCUGGCUGAAAAAGUAGAGAAGCUCAAGGAUGAUAAAGAGGCGGUGGUAGCAUUCAUAGCCACAGAUGAGUUAAUAAAUGAGGAAGAGCAAUGGGCGAUGGAGACAGGUUAUCAGGAAGAGAAUAAGUGGUUGGAUUGGGCGAGGUAUACGGCCAGACAGGUAGGUGUGACAGAGUGCUUUGUUUGUGCUGGAGCAAGACCUAGGUUAGCGACCGUACCAAUACAAGAUAGAAACUGGACAUGCAUGGUAAGUUUAUUUAAUAAAGAGAUAGCAGGGUGUGAAGAAUAUGAGAGAGAAUUCCCGCCAACGGACAGGGCAAUACCACCUGGGGUACAGGUACAUAAGGGGAAACUAUACUUGUUUUAGGAAUGAGGAAAACCUAGGGGUGAAUAGAGGAACGUUUGAGAAGGGAUGGUGCAAAGAUACAAUAUUAAUUACAGACACAAUAUGGGCAAGGGAAUUGGCUAAUCAAAAUAGAUACAGGGCAGACAUAUGGUGGUUAUGUGGAGACAGGAAGUUGCGGAGUAAGUUGAGAGGAUCCUGGAAAGGAGAAUGUACGUUGGUAAGAUUGAUAAUGCCGUUCACAAUUAUAAAAACCAUGGAACAGGAAAAUAAACACAGACGUAAGAGAGAUGCGCCUGGAGGAGCAUUCGACAAUAGAGUAUGGAUAGAUGGGGUAGGGGUACCAAGAGGCGUGCCGGACGAGUUUAAGGCCCGAGACCAAAUCGCAGGCGGGUUUCGAGUCCAUCAUUUUCUGGUGGUCAACGUUGAACAAAAAUGUAGAUUGGAUUAAUUACUUAUACUAUAACCAACAAAGAUUCGUGAACUUUACAAUUGACGCGGUAGAAGGGAUAAAACACCAGUUGGGUAACACUUCAUUGAUGACGCUGCAAAAUAGGAUCGCGCUUGACAUGCUCCUAGCGGAACGCGGAGGUGUUUGUUCCCUUAUAGGUUCCGGAUGCUGCACGUGGAUCCCUAAUAACACCGCGCCCGACGGCUCCAUCACUAGGGCGCUAAACGGGUUAAAAUCGCUGCAAAAAGAAUUGGCGGAAAACUCCGGAAUCGAUAACCCAUUCAAUAGCUGGAUGACAAAAUGGUUUGGGCAAUACAGUGCGCUGAUCACUUCAUUAUUAAUGUCCAUCGCAGUGGCCGCGGCGAUACUUGUAACCUGCGGGUGUUGUUGUAUUCCAUGUAUCAGAUCUUUGUGUAACAGGUGGAUCGUAAAGACGGUGGAGGGAAAGGAUUCUCCACCGUAUCAGAUGCCACUGCUGGGAGCAGUAGGGCUAAACGAGGAGGAACCAAAGGAGGAGGAGUCAGAGGUUGAUCUCCUGUAAAGGAGAUCAAAAGGGGGAAUGAAGGAAAAUUAAUACAUCCCCACAUCCGCAUAUCCUUGCAAUAUGAAUAUUAUCCUUGCUUUGAAUAAUCAUGAUUUUAUUAUUGCAUUAUUAAUGAUUGCAUUGCCUUUAAUCAUAAAGAUUUUAAGAAUAGCUUUAGAAUAUUAACCUUUAGAAUAUAGUAUUAAAGUUAGAAUAGUCUAGCAUGCUUAGAGAUAAGAUUCCAUUGCAUAUGACUCUAAAAGGUCAUGUCUGCAGAUUUUGGAGGCUUGCAGUCUUGUGUGGUAUGUAUGUAUGUGUGUUUUUUUAACUUUUACUUUGCAGAGCCACCUGGGGAAACGAGAAACAGGAUGUCGGGGCGACAGGGUGAACUAAAGGUCAAUGUUGUAUAUAGCAGCAUGAACUUCUUAGACAGAAGUAAAACUUUCCAUCGAACGGGCCCCCACCCAACUACACAUAUAUAUUUUUGGGGUCAGAGGGAAAGGCAGAUCAGAUCAACCGCUCCUCGGGGGACCUGAUUCUGCAUUGGUGUUGUGUAAAGAUAGGGACAGUUUUGACCCAGAGCUCUGUAAUACUUCAUUUGAGAUACUUAUUAAAAAUAAUUUGAUUUGA